GCGCACCAUUAUUUUGGCAAUAGGAGAUUAGGCUACCUGCUCUCUCUACCAUCACAGGGGCUGGAAACAACUUAUUUUUAUUCCUCAUGGUUUUGGUGCGUAGAACUUUUUCCGCAAGCGGUCCACCAACUCAGCAAAAGAAUAAACCGACUCUGAUUUAGAUUUCAUAUAAACACGCUAACCACAGUCGCCGUUUGAUCAAGAGAUUAAAAUCAAGAAAAGUUCCAGACCAGUGGGCUCUUCAAGAAAAUCCCAGCGAUCAAGACAUGGCUUCACGUAAGAGCAUCGAUCCACAACACUGCGCUAAUGGUUGCGGUUUCUAUGGAUCUACAGAAUAUCGAAAUCUUUGCUCAAGCUGCUACAGAGAAGAAAUAAAAAAGGCAUCCAUGGAGAUCGAGGAACCGUUGAACCAGAAAUCGUCGCCUCCGCCAUCAAACGCUACCUCCAGAUUCUUCAAUUCUGCACCUCGUUCUGCUUUCUCUUUUCAUUCUAAUAAUAUUUCCGGUUCAAAUUCUUUUUUUGGUGCUUCCUCGAGUAACACCAAACAGUUUUCUUUUUCUGCUGCUUCUAGUUUAACCGAUAAAACUUGCAUUUCUCAUAGGGCUAAUCCCAACAAUUUCCUUUUCGGUUCUUCAACCGUUCGGAAGGAUGUGUGCAAUACGUGCAACAAGCGGGUUGGGCUGACCGGAUUUCGGUGCCGAUGUGGGAAUAAGUUUUGUGGGAAACACAGGUACCCGGAAGAACACUCGUGCAGCUUCGAUUACAAGGCGUUUGCACGUGAGAAUAUGCUCAAACAAAAUCAGGUUUGCAAGGGUGAUACUGAUAAAUUGCGGAAUAGAAUUUAAUUAGGCAUAGGGUUAUUACGAAUCCUUUUAUUAGAUUUAUCUACAAAUUGAUGCGACACUCGUGGAGAUAUUGUUCCAUACUUCCGGUGCCAUCUCCGGCAACUGCUUAAACUGUGGUCUGUUGCAAACUUGCAGUGGUAGGAUCGGUCUUGGACCGAAAAAGUAUAGAACAAUUCUUCCCCAUGGUUAGUGCUUUGAUACAAAAUUAUUUUCUCUAAAAACAAAAACUUUCUAAUCAAUUAAAAUGGUAAAAUUCAUUUGUAAAGAGAAAAAAAAAAGGGUAAAUUCAGAAUAUAAGAUGAUCGCAUCAAUACGUAGAUAAGCAAAGUAAAAGAAGCAGUUAAAAAAAAAAAAAAAAAAGUAAAACAAAAAUUGGGCAAGCUGAGCUUGGUAAGAAUUGAGUCUGACAGUUGUUUAUGAGUGUUUUUUUUUUUUUUAGUUGUCGAUUAAUUAUGCUUUAUUCUUGGUCUUUGGCAUAAUACUGUUUCCCAAAUGGAAUAUAUAGAUUUUUCGUUUAAUUUCUGAUCUUUUUUGUUUUAAAUGAGUUGAGGAGUCCUGUAGGUUUUUUUGUCUUAUGGAUUUGUGAGUUAUUGCUUGUUUAUCUUAAAUAAGAGGACUGUAUUCGUAUC